AACUUUACGUGGACCUGUGUGAGUGUUCAGCAGUCAUCUGUGUUGUUUGGUUUUUUCAAGUCCAAACUUGUCUUGUAUUUUGUAACGAAAGUUUCGUAUAAUAAAAAAAUAAUAAACACCCGUAAGAAGGGUUGCGAUGUCCAAAUAUAAUUUUGCAAUAAUAAUAUGUCGGACUGGUAUUGGCGGGUGAUUGCCUUCAAGGCGGCUUUCGUACUUACAUGUUUUGUUUCUUAUCUUAAAGCUGAUGAAACCAUACAAAAAUUACCCUUCUGUAAUCCUCACACUGCUAAAGAUGCACCGGUAUAUGAUGACUUAGUGCUUGUGAGUACCAUAGAUGGCCGAUUGUCUGCAUUUUCAACUGACAAUGGAAACCAAGCAUGGGCGCUAGAUACUCAACCUCUUUUAUCAUCUACUCUCCAUCAUGUAGAGCUCACGUCUGGUGGAAAAUGGGUACGGUUAGUGCCAUCUUUACGUGGUACUCUGUACAGUCUAAGCGGUGACACUCUGGAGCCAUUGCCAUUUAAUGCUGAUCAGUUGUUAUCAUCUUCGUUCAAAUAUUCUGAUGACCUAGUUAUUGCUGGUGCUAGAGAAACUCUUUGGUUGGGUAUAGAUGCCCACUCUGGUGCAACCAUAUAUGAAUGUGGCUCCUCUGGCUGUAACACAGAACAGCAGACAGCCAGUAGUGGUCGAGAUAUCCUUGUACUGAGACGUCACUCUAGUACCGUGAGAGCGUUAGAUCCACGGAGUGGUACUGAGAAAUGGAACUUCAGCGUAGCAGAACACCAACUGGCAAUGAGCAGAAGAGAAUGUGUGGGUAAACCGAAACCUUCUAGCCCUUUAGCUAUCGCCGUCGCGUUGCCGGAAGGAGUUGUAGCCGUCAGACAUCCGGAAUCACAUAUUUUGAUAUGGCAACACAAGCUAGAAGCGCCAGUAGCCAAUAUGUGGCGUGUUCAGGGCGGAGUCGUACAACACAUGGAUGUAUUAUGGCAAGCCGCUCAUGCUGUUGCCGAUGUGAAGAAUUCAGCACCGUCCCUUUACCUGGGAAUACAUAAUACACAGUUAUACAUCCAAGAAAGCGCCCUCUAUGCUGAGAAACUGGCAACCUCUAUGUCCACAAAGCCGCUGCCGUGGAAGGUGAAGCAAUCCCGACCACUCAUAGGGGACGACAAGGCGUUACAACCCUUACCUGAUGCUGACCAGAAUACGUUGUCCAUUGUCAGUUUAUAUGGCAACACUGGGGUUCAAGAUAACCAAGGUUUCUUCCUAUACCUGCAAGAUACCUGCGACCAAGCAGUUCAAGUAUCCGAAGAUGCCCUACCCGGCCCUGAAAUAGUACUUCCGAACAUCAGUGACGAUCAGCUAAGCCAUCACCACGUGCACGUCCACGUCUACUCUCUCUGGUUCUGGUGGAAGGAGGUCCUACUCAUCGCGAUCAGUUCAGCGCUUUUAAUGAACUUGCUGAUAUGGCCGAGGUUCUUUGCAGCAAAAAUCAGGCCGAUAACGCCAUUGCCGGUUAACCAGGAAGUGAUCGUCGUGGAAAGGCACUAUGAGAGGCAGACUCCCAUGGUGGAGUAUUCUGGGAGAUACGAAAAUGACUUUACGCCUCUGAGAUGUCUUGGAAGGGGUGGAUUCGGUGUGGUUUUUGAGGCUAGAAAUAAUAUCGACCAUUGUUCCUAUGCGGUUAAGAGGAUAACGCUGCCGAGGAGAGAAUCACGUCGCGAACGUGUAUUACGAGAAGUGAGGGCUCUAGCUAAACUGGAACAUGAACAUAUAGUCCGUUACUUCAACGCGUGGCUCGAGGAACCGCCGCUGAGGUGGCAGGAAGAAAGAGAUGCUUACUGGCUACGGGAAUUGGGAGGUAUUUCAAUGGGCAUGUCUGAGGACUGUACAUCUCCACUGCCGAGAAAAGACAAGUCGCCAAAGGGUGAUGCAGUUACGCUAAAUAUCCACAAGAGCGUAGACGAUUGCAUUGAUGCACUUGAUUUUGGGAAGAAACUCGGUGAACCAAAGAGGUUGAGGUCACUAAGCUGCAAUGAUUCAUUUAGUAUAAUUUUUGACGAUAACGCAUCGAAGGACGUGCACGUGACAUCGACCACGCCCAAAUCACGCGAAGCCACGCCCACUUCCAAAAAAGCAACUGAUGACGAUUCGUUCAUUGUAUUUGCGAAUUCGGAACAUUCCAAAGAAUUAUCUGAGGCUAGAGAUGUCACCAAUAAAAAAUUGGAUAAAAUAAUGGAAUGUGAUGGAUAUUCGAAGGGAAAAAAGAAAAAGGGUCAUACACGUCACUGGUCUCUUGACAUGGUGGUCCGGAGCAAUGAGGAAACACCCCAAGGCAGUAAAAUGUACCUCUACAUACAAAUGCAGUUAUGUCUGCGAGACAGUUUGCAUGACUGGCUCCGGAAUAAUCGGUCCUGGGAGUCUCGGAGGGAUAAAGUCAAAACGCUUUUUAGUCAAAUAGUAUCUGCAGUUGAAUACGUCCAUUUAGCGGGUUUAAUCCAUCGAGAUUUGAAACCCAGUAAUAUUUUCUUCGCGCCGGACGGCAAAGUAAAAGUUGGGGAUUUUGGCCUCGUCACAGCUAUGGGCGACAAUUCACAGGAUGGAGAAGGAACUGAACAAAUGAACAUGCAUGCGCCACAUACUUAUCGAGUCGGUACUCAUCUAUACAUGUCGCCCGAACAACUUCUAGGGCUGCCAUACAGCUACAAAGUGGACAUUUACUCGCUAGGGCUGGUCCUCUUCGAGUUGUUGCAUCCUUUUGGCACCGAAUCGGAAAGGGUCUCCUGCCUAAUGAGGCUGCGGGAUGGCCAGUACCCCAAUCAUUUUCAGCAGAAUUAUCCUAAUGAGACGGAGGUCCUAAAACUUAUGUUAAGCUCGGACCCGAACCAGCGACCCACAGCGAGCGGAGUUAAAGCGCGUGCGCCACUCUACCAAGCGACAGACGAACAGUGGCAUUUCACUUUACCCACACUCCUGUCUGGGUAAACGGUCAAAAAUUAUAUCCAACCAACCGCGGGAUCGACGUGGAAGCAAACCAAGAUAUAUGAAUUAGGGGCCGUUCAAGUAUUACGUAAGCAGAUAUACUCCAAUUUAUCCCCCCCCCCCUUCCUGUCAGUAGAAGUAAGCGAAAGUGUCAAAAAUAAUAGUACGUACGUACAACGUAUUUUUUUAGGAAUCCACAGACUAAAUGUAUUGUCGAAUAUUUUGUUUUCAAGCAUAGACAAUGUGUAGUUAACAUGUGUAACAAUGAAACCCCCCUCCCCCCUGUGUGUUUACGUAAAAUAUGUACGUACGUACGUAUUCGAACGGCCCCUUAGUAUUUAAACAAUAGUUAGGAUUAAUUUUGGAAAAGGCUUGUUCGAUUGAGGCGUUUAACCGUUUAAUUGUCACCGUGUUAUAAAUGCGUGUUGAACUGUUUUUUUUUUCAAAUAACAUAUGUACAUUGUACAUACAAAUUUUAAUAAUCAAUACACUGUUUCCGUUUUGCAUUUUCUGAGUUGCGUAAAAUGUUUUCCGGUCAGAGAUUUUGUCCAUGUCUAUAAUCUUUGGUCGAUGACUCGUUGAUAGUUUGUGUGGGAAAGUCAAUUGAAUUUAGUAAUCUGUCAUCUACUAAGUCUAAGUUAGACUGUCAAAUUCGUAUGCAAGUAUUUGUAUGGAAAAUUUAUUGAUAAAUACAUUCUUUCAUUUACUUGCUUUUAUGUUGUGUAUCUAUAUUAAAGGGCCUAUUUAAAGAGGUCAAAAUAAGUAGAUAUUAAUAGUCCACAUUAAUUUAAUUAUUAAUUUUUUAGCCAAAAGUAAUUAUAUGCUAAUGAUUAUUAGGCCAAAUAUACUGUCUAGUACAUUACUUUUGUAUGCGUAUGGACCUAAUAAUUUCUUAAUGUUAUAUGAGAACAUUAGAAAAACGAUUUUCUAAUAAUUAUUUUUAUUAUAGCGUGCCUAUAAUUAAUAUUUUGCAUAUCUUUAACCAGUUAAACUAUCACAGUAGUGUUUAAGAUAGAAAUUAAUAAUGAGCAAUAUUGUGUCAGUGCCUAAGUAUAACAGACGUCUUGUCAGAAGUAAUUGAGUUGUAAAUUUAUUUUACGUGUAAUCAUAAGGUAUUUAACAUUACUUCUUACAUUUGUAUGAACCCUGUAUUGUAUAAACCCUUUCUUGCGUGGUUACGCGGGAAACUAUUUUUUUAUUUGUCCACAGGGCAGGUCAAGGUAUUUCGACCUUAUCCCCAUUUUGUCAAAAAAGUUUUGCACAGACCUAUAAAUUGUUCCAUGACUGGCUUACAGUAUUGAAAAUUACUAUGUCAAGCUCAACAGCUGCCGCCAUCUUUAAAUCACCUAUUCAAUUACAACUUAAGACGUUUGUUCGUAACUUGCGCAUUGACACGUUCUAUGAUAUAAGUAUUAAGAUGAAUAAGACUGGUUUCUGAAGGAAUGUUGGAUUUUAUGAAUGUUUAUGUAAACAUUGUAUUUUGUAUAAAAAGUAUGUAAUACUUGUUAUUUAUUAGUUAAUAGGCUACUUAGAUCAAUAAAAAAAAGAUUUGCUUUUUUUAAUGUAUUUUUAAGGAAAUUUGUGUCAUUUGUGUUUUUAGUUCAUUGCUUCACGAAAGUUAAUUAACGUUAUAACCACAUCAACUGUGUUUUUAUUUACGAAGAAUUUUUGCGACUAUAAUAAGUACCGUGAGAGUCCUAAUAAAUGAUAUUAAGAGAA